UUUUUUAACAGUUUUUGGUAAGGCAGUCAAGGUACAUUCUUAUAUCAAUCAAAGGGCAUUGUUGUUGAAUAUGAUGAGGAGAUACUCAAAGCAAAGAAAUUUGGUAAAACCCGCCAAGACAAGAUUCGCAACAGCUUUUUUGACUUUGUAUAGUUUUUAUAAGCAAAAGAAAAAUUUGAGAACUUUGUUUAUGUCAACUGAAUGGAAUGAGAGUAUCUAUUCAAAGGAAACUCUUGGUAAAGAAGUUGCAAGACACAUCAUUAGUCCAUUUUUUUUGGAAUGGCGUUGUUCAAGCACUUAGAGUUGGUGGUCCUUUAAUUCAUGUACUUCGUAUGGUGGAUGGGGAGAAAAAACCACCAAUGGGUUACAUUUAUGAAGCCAUGGACAGGGCCAAAAAAAGUAUUGAAAAGGCAUUCAAUUAUGAUACAAGAAAAUAUAAGAGUGUUUUUGAAAUCAUUGAUGCAAGGUGGACAAAUCAACUUCAUCAACCUUUGCAUGCAGCGGGACACAUUUUGAACCCAGGGCUCUAUUAUAAAAAUAAUGACAUGAAAAUUUUAACUGAAGAUGUGUGGCAGGGAUAUCAUAAAUGUGUUGAGAGGAUGAUCCCAGAUAAAAAUUUGCAAGACAAAAUAGGGGAGGAGCUUGGUGUGUACAUGAAAGCGGAUGGCCUACUUGGAAUUGAAUCAACCAUUAGAGCUAGAACCUUAAGGUCACCAGUUGAAUGGUGGAUGCAAUAUGGUCAUAAUGUCCCAAACUUGCAACAGUUUGCUAUUAGAGUGCAAAGUUUAACUUGUAGCGCAUCCGGUUGUGAGAGAAAUUGGAGCGUGUAUGAACAUAUUCAUAGUAAAAAGAGAAAUAGGCUUGAGUUGACACGCCUCAAUGAUCUAGUGUUCAUCAAAUAUAAUAGAACAUUGGCGCGUCGUUACAAUGCUCGUAAUACCAUUGAUCCAAUUUUGUUGGAUAGUAUUGAUGAGGCAAAUGAAUGGUUAACCGGAGCACCCCAAGAUCACCAAGAUGAAGAAGUGUAUGAAGGAGAAAGUCUCACUUAUGGUGAUGUUUCUAUGGCAAGUGGUGUUGAGGAGAAUAUUUAUAGUUUUAGGGGGAGUACUUUAAGGGGCAAUGAAAGAGGAGCUAGAGGUUCCAGUUCAAGUCGAAACCUUGUUGAUGAGCCUUCUGAUGAUGAAGAAGAUGAUGACCAAGUAGAACCCUUGGUUAUGGCACUUGAAGAGUUUGAGGAUCUUGUUGAAGAAUAGGAGUUUGAUUCUUUUGUGAUUUAAUUAUGUUUUUGAUUUUUUGCUUUAUAUGUUAUGACUUAUGAGUAUUAUUGACUA